CGGACGCAGAGCUGUGAUCAAUGACGCUCCACGGGGAUGUGCGCGAUUUACUGUCAUAAAUAAGGACCGUUUGCCGUUUCCAAACACAGCGGGCCUCCAUCAAUGAAUGAAUGAAUGAAUGAAUGAAUGAAUGAAUUAAGCCUCCACCAUCUGAGGUUUUCCUCCUCUAGUCUCCUUUGAGAUCCGUCCGUCGUCGAGCAGCGCGGCCGAAGCUGGGGGGGAAUCCGGGGAAAGGGAGCCGCGGCGCCGCGCACCGGCCGACGGACGCCCCGCCGCGACGCGCCACCAACAUGCUCACACGGGUCAAGUCCGCCGUGGCCGGAUUCAUGGGUGGAAUCAUGGCCGGGGGGAGCUCCGGCGCAGGGGGCAACCCUGGAUCCGAACUGCCCCUGAAAUUUCCGUAUAAAAGACCCGAGUUCCUCGGCCUGAGCUCGGAUGAGAUCGAGUGUUCCGCGGACCACAUUUCGCGGCCCAUCCUCAUUCUGAAGGAGACCAGGAGAUUACCGUGGGCCACCGGAUACGCUGAGGUGAUUAAUGCCGGCAAGAGUGCGCUGAACGAGGACCAGGCGUGCUGCACAGUAGUUGUGGCCAGAAGGAGGCCGAUGAGCUACUGCCCCCAGUCGACGCCCAGCAACACGCCCACCGCCAAGAGACGCAGCUCCCUGCCUAAUGGAGAGGGCCAUGGGCUGCACAUGGAGCACAACAAGCUGGAGGAAGAGAGCGAAGGACUCGUGUUCCACUACUGGGCUUUGUUUGACGGCCACGCGGGUUCAGGCGCGGCGGUCGUCGCCUCCCGUCUGCUGCAGCACCACAUCGCCUGCCAGCUCCAGGCCGUGAUCGAGAUCCUGCGCAGCCCGUCCUCCCUGCCUCCCACUGUGCUGGGCGAAGAGCCCGACAGCAACCCCUACCUCCAGGGCAACACACCUCAUCGGUCCCUGACCAGGGCCGCUUCACUGCGCGGUGCCGCCGGGGCGCCGGGCUCCCCGUGCAGCACCCCGCCUCCGCCUCGCUUUUUCUCGGAGAAAAAGGUUCAGCACGAGAGUCUGGUGAUCGGAGCCAUAGAGAACGCCUUCAAAGAGAUGGACGCCCAGAUUGAGAGGGAGAAGCAGGCUUACCACGUCACAGGAGGAUGUACGGCCCUCAGCGUCGUCUACCUGCUCGGGAAACUAUACGUUGGGAACGCGGGUGACAGCAGGGCUGUCAUUAUUAGGAACAAUGAGAUUAUCCCCAUGUCAACGGAGUUCACCCCAGAAUCUGAGCGACGGCGACUUCAGUUCCUGGGUUUCAUGCAGCCUCACCUGUUAGGAAAUGAGUUCACGCACCUGGAAUUUCCCCGGAGAGUUCAGAGGAAGGAGGUGGGCAAGAGGAUGCUCUACCGAGACUUCACCAUGAACGGGUGGGCUUACAAGACCAUUGAUGAUGAAGACCUCAAGUUUCCACUAAUAUACGGUGAAGGGAAAAAGGCUCGGGUGUUGGCCACGAUCGGUGUGACGCGAGGGCUCGGCGACCACGACCUCAAAGUUCACGACUCCAAUAUUUACAUCAAGCCAUUCCUUUCCUGUUGCCCCGAGGUAAAAGUAUACAACCUAAUGCAGUAUGAGCACGGAGCUGAUGAUGUUUUGGUGAUGGCAACGGACGGGCUCUGGGAUGUCCUGACGAACGAGGAAGUAGCUGAGGCAGUUACCACUUUUCUAGCCAACUGUGACCCCGAUGACCUACACAGGUACACGAUGGCGGCGCAGGACCUGGUGAUGCGAGCCCGGGGAGUUCUAAGGGACAGAGGGUGGAGGAUCACCAAUGAGCGACUGGGCUCUGGAGACGAUAUCUCGGUCUUCAUCAUACCGCUGAUGUAUGGAAAUCGUCAGCCUUGAGGAGCCUGACAGAGAUGCUGCCAUUCAAGGACUCCCUAAGGCUCUUAAACCAACAGGACUGGUUAGUCCUGAACUCAAAGUUCCCUUUUCAGUUUCUGCUGUGCUGGUUUCUCUCUUAUUUUCUUCCUUCAAAGUUCAAAGUUAAAUGGAAUAUGUAGAUUUGUUGGUGCUUGGUUUCUCCACAGGAGUGAAGGAUUGAUCGGCUACCAGUUAGACAGAUCAGGUGAACUGAAGUGUGACCCAAUUUUUUAUUUUUAUUUUUUGGUAAAGUUUGAUCAAGAAACGAAGGGUAAAAGCAUUUUUACAGGAAGGAUCAAGAACUGACUUUUUCUUUCUCAUUAACUCUCUUAAUGCUGUACAAUAUUUGGCUUCCCCUCUUUCUACCCUCUCUUUCUGUCCCUUCUUUUUCCCUGAUGUAAGUUAAACGUGUUUACUGGGAAAAAAAAAACCAUAACCUUCUUCUCCUCCUGACCAUGGACAGAGCUGACAGGUCAGGUGCAUUUACCUUUUGCCACAGUGUGGCUGUGAAGGAUUAUUUUGCUGAAAACAAGUAACAUUUCCGGUUUGGAAAAAAAAAAAAAAAGAUGAAGACUUAAAAGUUAUUCCAGCAAGACUGAUAAGGAAUGUGUUUUACUGUUGGGACAGCAGAAAAACUGGGGAUCUGGGCUGAUAUGGGUCAAAAGAAGUGGCAAAGUUUGUAAUGAAAACUGCUCAUUAAUUCAACUUGUGUACUGAAAGAACAUGUUCACUGAAACAAAGUCAUUUAAUCUGAUUUUAAUUCCAAACAUUUCACUUUUGACUAAGGAAAGCAGAGCUUUGUUUGUUUACUACCACGGAUUUUAACAUUAGUUUUGCUUCAGAAGACCGUUAGCUAAAUGUAGCUUAGCACAAAAGAAACAGCGACACUUAAAGGGUUUAAACUUAUUUCAAAACCCCUAUAAAUAAAGCUCAUAUACAAGGUAAACAAGCUUUUGUAUUACCUUUGAAUUGACCCAAGUGAGCUAUUUCUGAUUGCUUCCAGUCUUUACACUAAACUAAGCUAACGGUCUCCUUUUCAUAUCAAGAAAGUUAUUGGUAUUCACUUCUAACUCUCAGCAAAUAAAGCAAAUUACCUUUUUUUAUUUUCAAUUUAAUACUUUCAAGAAAAAAUGGAUUUAAAUGUGAAAUGUAAUUUAGAUGACUUGCGAUCCCUGCUCGAAAAACUAACUGGUCCAUGCUGGUCUUUGCUAGUCCACCACCAUCAUUAUGCUGGUCUAUCAGCAUCAUUAUGCUGGUCUAUGAUGGUUCUUCCAGCAGGGAAUGUUAUCGCACUUUAGGCCAACCCACAUUACUCGCAGAGGAGCUGUGAUACACGUGGUGAUGAAGAGGCAAAUAUUCCCUGCAGCAGGGACGAUUAAAUAAAAUGAUAACGAAAUACAAUCAAAGUCAGACAGCAACGCCCUGGUGUUUGAACAUGUUUUGCAUGUUUUCUAAGCUGUAGACAUAACAGACUUGUCUUUAUAGGUAGAGGUUUGGAAUCAAUGACGUACUGUGUUUGGAUGUAGUGAUUUUACUGUACGUUAGUGCAUGCAGUGAUAUAUUGUAGGCCUGGGAAUAUGAGCAACGGUGCAAUGGUUUACACUGCUUUUUUUUUCUUGCUUUUUUUUCUCCUAUGGACUGAAUUUACAUUGCUGUAAUGUAUCAACGAAGUAUAGUAAUAACGUAAUUUGUUUGUAAAUGUGCUGUAAUCUUGCAAAUAUUUAUUAGGUUGUUCAUCCUUGAAAUAAUUGAAAUAAUAGCACCCUAGCAUAGUAGCUAGAUGUGACUCGUUGCAAUGGAAGACAAAGAAAAUCAGAAAUUGGUAAUAGCCAGACACAAAACCAAAUAAUGUCUUCUUUUUUGUACUUUUCUCCCAUCUUUUGGAAUGGAUUUCAGAAAGAAAGGCGGCUGCCUUGAGUUCAGUUUGUAAAGUCUCAUAAUCGUUGUGGCUUCAGAAGCUGAUGUGCAGAGUUCACCCCCUCCAGUCGUUAUUAUUAAUCAUCUGUAUUCUUGGAGCUGCACUGCUCUGCCACGGACACUGGGUUAAGAGGCAGGAGAUGGAAAGUAGCGUGUGGGAAGGAGAUUUCAGAGGAUUCUCAAACGGGAAAAAAUAUGAUUGACAUC